UGAAAAUUACAGAGACAAUAGGUACUUUUUGAUUUCCUUGGCUAAUUAAAGCUGGAAAACGCUUCAUGUAAGCUUGCUUCUCUUCGUUUGCUUCCUUGCUUCCCGAACAACUCAGUCACACAUCACACAGAAUGGCAGAAAAGACUUCCAAGCGAUGGAAGAUGGAAGUGUUUAAAGCAAAAAGACUAUUGCAUCUUAUAAAAGAGAGACCAGCGAUCUACAAUUUCGAUUUGAAGGACUAUUAUAAUAAAGCUGUUCUACAAAUCUUAUGGAAGCAAAUUGCUGAUGAAAUGGAAAGUACAGUACACGAAUGCAAGACUACAUGGCAUAUCCUACGAUGUUCGUACAAUCGAGAGCUCCGAAAGGCCAAGUCAGCAAAAGAACUAGGAGUGAAGAGAUCGGGGAGAUGGCAUUUAUUUGACAAAAUGAAAUUUCUGAGUAAUUAUGUGGGAGGACGACCCAGAGGUGGAGGGAAUUCACCAAGUGAGCAUGGUGACAUGGUGAAAAACGAAGAUGAAGAUACAUUCGAUCAGGCUGACUCACUCUCUCUGUCAGAACCAGAACAGUACACUCAGAUGGAUAAUGAAGAUACUUUGAAACAGGCGGAUAAUGAAGAUUCCUUGAAACAGACGGAUAAUGAAGAUUCCUUGAAACAGAUGGAUAAUGAAGGUACUUGGAAACGGUUGGAUAAUGAAGGUACCUGGAAACAGAUGGAUAAUGAAGAUACCUUGAAACUAUUGCGUCUAGUUGAAGAGAGGCCACAAAUCUACAAUUUCAAUUUAGCAGAUUAUAAUAAUAGAGAAAUAAUAGACAAGAAGUGGAAAGAGAUCGCCCAAGAAAUGAAUAUGAAAGCGAAUGAAUGCAAGAGCCGUUGGAUGAGCCUGAGAGGUUCGCUGAAUCGAGUACUCCGCGAUCAAAAAACAAGUUACGAGAAAGGAAUUGUCAAGCCAAUAAAAUGGCCGUUCUUCGACGUCAUGAUGCAUUUUCUCGGUGAUUUCGUCAACAGCCAGUAUCGUAGGCAAAAGAAACACUUUGAAGAGACUCAGAGAACUAGUUUUCUCAGAGAAGUUUUGGAAAUUAACGUCGAUGACAACUCAGACUCAAUCGAUCCAUCUGAAACCAUCUAUCUGGGAGAACCACUGACUCAGGACACAACACACUCAGCCGAAGUGAAGCCUCAGUGCAGUGAAAAGGUUGUUGCACCGAUUGAAAAAGUGUUGGAUCUCAUGAUUGAGGUUUCGAAAUCACAGAGAGAAGUGGAGAGUUCAACUCUCACCUUCUUCAAAAGUUUGCUUCCCGAAGUUGAUAAACUGUCACAGUCAAGGCAGAGAAGAUUCAAACAGGAUGUGAUGGACUUGUUGUAUCAUAGCCUGGAAGAGCAGGAGAAUACUGAACUAGAGUUUUGUCUCAACUAGUCUUGAAAAACCUAAACUAUAUUUUUGUUAUGAUUAUCAUUAUUUGGAUUUUGUGCAUGUUCAAAUGAGAUAAUUUGAUGGCUCCCCGGAAAAAAAGUUACAAGCGCCAUUUCUCAAAUUUUAAAAGAAGUAAAAAAAGUUUCAGUGUUGAUUUUUUGGAUAUUUUAAAAGUAUUUUUAAAACUUCUCCUAUCAAUAACUACUAGUAAAAGUUAUAAAAUUUAUCAAUAGAUGUCACUACAUGAUAGGCAAGAUCACAAGGAACGUUUUUCCAUUAAAAAAAUCGAGUACUCAAAUUUUGGGCGCUUGUAACUUUUUUCCUGGAAGCCAUUCAAUUGAAUAUAGUGAGAUACAAUUCCAACGGACAUCAAUGUAAAGAAUUGAUGUUAUUUAUACAGCAAGGAUUUCUGGUAGGAAGUGAUUUUCACAACAGAAAACAAAUGAUAUAUCGAGUAUGCUGGCUGGCUCAGGUCUAGUGUCAAGGUUUUCAGGUCGCACUUGAUCAAAUUUCAUGGCCUUUGACAUGACCUAACGACUGUUUUAGGCAGCUGAGACCGACAGCUUGUCCAUGCAAAUGGUGAUGCAAAUAUAGGCGGAAUUCACUUCAAAUUGUCAGCUUUGAUUGAACAGAAUGUAGCCAUUUUACUAGUAAGGAAUACUGCAGUUAAAAAUGAAUAUUUUUAUGGGGUAGAUAACUAAACAUACAGUACUAUAUUUCAUCAAUAUUCAAAGACUUUUUACUUUCCUUGCCCUAUUACCAUAGGGUAAGGAAAGUAGGCCUAUAGCUUUUCAAAAAAAAUUAAGGUACCCUAAUUUCAUGUUUUCUAUACGUUUCAAG